GAUUGGCGGCGGAAAGGCUACCUUCUGAUUGGUAGAGGAAAACCCUUUGAUUGACGGGAGAACAGCGAGCCCUCUGGCAGCGGAGGGAUCGUCCUUCGCUCUACCUCUGCUCUCCCUGGCCUGCUACUGGAAACGAGUUUGAGUGUAAUGGUUGUACGCAGUUUGAAGGGCCAGAGCCCUGGGACCCAGGCUCUGCGGAUAAGGACUCUGCAGCUCAGAGGAGGUCCAAGGUGAAGCACCUAGUGAUUGUCAGCACCAGGAUUCAAAUCUAGGGCUUUCCUGCUAUACACUCCUCCAUCUUAGAAGAGAGGAAAUGAAGAGAAUAGAAUUGAACAUUUUUAAUUCUGUUUGACUUUGUAAACUGCUUUGGGAGAGAUGGCUUUGGGUGACGGGGUUUGUUGACUCAGAGCUGGAAGUGACUGGCAAAGGUGACUGGGCCUUUACUGGCGUUUUCACUUAGGGAUCUGGGGAUUCAAACAUUAUGAAGCCUGGUUCUUUUAAAAUUACUUUAAUAUUUAUGUCCCUCCUGGCUGCUGUCUCACCAACAUGGCUAGCCUUUCAAUGCACUCAGAUAUAUACCAUCUUUAACAUGCAGAGCAAAUUAGACAUUUCACAUUUGAAAAUAUGACAUCAAUUUGAUUUUUUAUACCAACAUUAGAUACUGUUUUUAAUGGAACUUUAAAAAAAGUUUCAGUUAAAUAUUUAACUAUUUAAUGAAUUUGUGCAAUAACUUCCAAUUCCUUGAUUCAAAGUCCUGUUUGCCAUACCCAGCUUUUCAUGUGUGCUUGUCAUUAGGCCCAUCUGUAAGGCCCAUCCCAUUCUGCAAGGAGAGGUUGGGGGACUAAGGGUCUUUAUGUUUUUCAGUGCCUGCAUUUGUUUGUGAAUGUCUAUAUCACCAUAUAUCUGAGCCUAUUCCAGGAACUCUUUUUACAACUCCCUAAAGAAGUCUUCCUGAUACUCAGUUUGUGGGCCAUUUGUAUUUCUAAGAACUCUUCACAGUUCUUCUAUGGUCCAUGGUUCAGACUAUGCAUGAUAUUGAGGCUAUUGGGGUCAUCUCUAUCCUUUUUUGCUCACAAUUCCCCUUUGUAAUGUACAAGUGUCCAUUUUGGGUCUGUAAAAAGUUAGUCGCCUGCAGGGCAUAGUUUUGAAUUUCUCAGUGAAGAUUUCAGCUGGAGAAAUAAUGCCCCUGAAGAAGGUGACAGUUGUGUAUCCAGACCCCUACAUUCCCACUGCACAAGAUCAAGAUAGUGUCUUGGGAACGGAUGUCCUUUGGGAUCAAGAAACCCUCCAAGAAGAAGAGAAACUUGAUCUUGAGACUUCUCGACAGUGUUUCAGGUGUUUUCGAUACACAGAAGGGGUUGGGCCCAUUGAAGUUCUGAACCAACUUCAGGCACUUUGUCUUCAGUGGCUGAGGCCAGAAAUUCAUACAAAGGAGCAAAUCCUGGAGCUAGUGGUGCUGGAACAAUUCCUGACCAUCCUGCCUGGGGAAAUCAGGACUUGGGUAAAAUCACAUAAUCCGAAGAAGAGUGAGGAGGUGGUGGCUUUGGUAGAGGAUUUGGCCCAAAUGCUAGAGGAAGGAGCUCUGCCUUCUAAGGACUUUGCACUUGCCCAAGAAGGAAACACUGAGGAGGGACACAGUUCUAUAUUUUUAAUGGACAGGGCCCAGGAAGCACCAACUUUCCAGGAUGUAGCUGUGGAUUUUACCUGGGAAGAAUGGAGGCAACUGGACCCUGCUCAGAGAGAUCUCUACAGGGAUGUGAUGCUGGAGAACUAUCAGAACUUGGUAUCUCUAGGUCUUCCUGUCUCCAAACCAGACAUAAUCUCCCAGCUGGAGCAAGAGGCACCGUGGAGCCUGAAGAGAGAUGUUGCCAACGGUUCCUGUCUAGAUUGGGGAACUAGACAUCAGACCAAGGAAUCAUAUUCAAAGAAAGAUUUAUCUGGUGAAAAGUCAUCCCAGGAAAGACUGACAAAAGGUCGUCCUGAGGAGAUGGUAAAAGAUUGCGAGUAUGGUGGCAGAUUUAAGACAAAACAUCAGAGGAACCUGGAAAGAGAUUCAAGGCAAGUACUAAUCAUCCACAAUACAGUGAAAGACCAUGAGUUUAAUACAUUGCAGAGAAAUUGCAGUCCGAGGCCAAUUCUUGCGACACAACGAACUGUGCCUACAGAAAAUAUUUUCUGUCAACAUAACACACGGGAAAAGACCCUCAAGAAGUUGUCUGACCUAAUUAAACGUAAUAGAAUUGCCUCAGGGAAGGAAUCUUAUAAAUAUACUGAAUGCAAUAAAGCCUUUAUUUACCAAUCAGAUAUUCAGUAUCCUACAAUACCCAAUGAAGAGAAAUCCCACACAUGUAAUGAAUAUGGAGAAGACUUUAGUCAAAGGGAAUACCUGAUUCAACCACAGAAAAGUCAUAUUGGAGAGACUGAUAAUUAUAAUGAGUGUAGGAACGUCUUCAGCCAAAUGGCAUACUUUACUAACCUGGAGGCAAUUGAUACUGGAGAAGAACCCUGUAAAUACAGUGACUGUGGGAAAACCUUCUCUGAUGAUUCAUCUCUUACUAAACCUCAGAGGAUUUGUAUAGGAGAGAAGUCCCACAAAUGUGAUGAGUGUGUGAAAACUUUCAGUAACAAGUCAUCUCUUAUUCAACAUCAGAUAAUUCAUAGUGGGAAAAAAUCCUAUAUAUGUAAUUCAUUUGGAAAAACAUUUCACCAGAGCACAAAUCUUAUAAACCAUCAGAAAAUUCAUAUAGGAAACAAACUUGAUAAGCACGAUGAAUGUGAGAAAGCCUUUGGUCAAAAUUCAUCCCUUUCUGAACAUGAAAGAAAUCAUACAAGAGGGAGAGGUUACAGUUGUAAUGAACUUGGGAAAAACUUUAGCCAGAGAGGAUGUCUUAGUAAACAGAGAAUUAAUACUGGAAAAAGCCCAUGCAUAUUUAAUGUAGGUGGAAAAGUCUUUAGCACCAGUUCAUCCCUUAUUCAGCAUCAGGUCUCCCAUACUGGGGCUAAUCCUAAAUGUAAUACAGGUGGAAAUGUUUUUGGACAGAGUGCUAGUCUUAUUAAGCAUCAGAAACGGGUUAUAGGAGAGAAGCCUUAUCAUUGUGAUGAAUGUGGGAAAACUUUUAGCCAAGGUAGGUGCCUUAUUCAACACCAGAGAAUUCACACUGGAGAAAAACCGUAUAUUUGUAAUAUAUGUGAGAGAGCCUUUACCCAAAGGGGAAACCUUAUUAAACACAGGAGAAUUCACACUGGAGAGAAACCCUAUAAAUGUAAUGAAUGUGGACAGGCCUUCAGCCAGAGUUCGUCCCUUACGGAACACCAGAGAGUUCACACUGGUGAGAAACCCUAUCAAUGUAAUGUGUGUGGAAAAGCUUUUAGUCAAGGUAGGAGCCUUACUCAACAUCAGAGAAUUCAUACUGGAGAGAAACCCUAUAAAUGUACCAAGUGUGGUAGAGCCUUUAGUCAGGGUAGGAACCUUGCCAGACACUGGAGAAUUCAUACUGGAGAGAAACCCUUUAAAUGUAAUGAAUGUGGGAAAGCCUUUAAUCAGAGGGAGCAUCUUACUAAGCAUCAUAAAUUUCAUACCGGAUAAAGUUCUUAUUAACAUCUUAGAAAAGUCAUUAGCCCAAGUAUAAACUAUAGUAAAGAUCCACAAAUCAAUACUAGAGAGAGACCUUAUAAAGUAAUGGAUAUAGGAAUGGCUUAAGCCAGAAUUCAUCCUUACUGAAUGUUAAUUUUUCCUAUAAAAUGAAAUUUCAUUUUAAAAUUUAAUGAAUGUCAAAAAAUUAUUUAAUGAAUGUCAAAAAAUAAUUUAAUUAUUCUAGAACACCAGAUCUAUGCAAAAAAGAAACUACAUAUAUAAUGAAUGUGGAAAAGGUAUCAGGAUCAGCUCAUCCUUUACUGCAAAUCAGCAUUCUUCAUGCCAAAAAGCAGAAAUGAAAUUGCUGUAAAGCCAAUUAUGUUUCAGUCUUCAUAAUAGACUUCAAAUUAGAGUUAUUCUGUACACACAAGUAAUUUUUGCUUUACAGAAGUGGAUCUUCUGUAGACCUCUUUGUAAAGCUCUUUUUAUGUGCUGCAAAUUUUCCCCUCCUCACCCACUUCACUUAGCUUAAGGGCAUACACAAAAUAAUACCUUUAUGCAAGUCAUAAAAUGUACUAAAAUGCAGACAUGUUCUGUACCAUGAUAAUAAAGGAAAUGAAAGGUAAAGCUAAUGAAAAAGUUUGCAUAGUAUUAUGCAAUAAAGUUUACAUAAUUUUGCAGUAUGUUGCCCCUUCUCCAUCCAUUGCACCUAAAUUUUCUCAUUGGUGAUUGGGUGCACAACUUUUUUUUAUGAAGCUGUUGAAUGAAAAUCUUCAUUAGGACUUCACUCUAAUAAAUCAGGUAGUAGGCUCAGGAAAAACGAGAGUUUAACUGAAGUGAGGAUAAGUCUCACUUCCUUUGGGAGUUUGCUGAAAAUUAUGGAAUUAUGAAACAAACUAAGCACUAACUGAAUGUAGAACCAAGUUUUUUUUUUUUGUCAAGUUCUGUGUGAGUUAUAAAAUUAUCUGUGACAGUCCUUGUUCUCUUGGGACUUAUAGUCAAACAUGGUGAUGUGACAGUGAUGUUAUAAUGCAAAAUAACUUUACUGCAAACUGUUCCUUUGCUACAGUUAGUCACCAUCCCAUCUCUUCUUUUCUCUGAUCCAAAUCCUGUUCCUAAUUAUCUACCUGGUUCAUCAGCUUCCUCUUUAUCCUAACAACUGCCCUUGUAUUUGGAGGCUUCAGUAAUAGAUGCCUUCAUGUGCACUGGAUCAUACUGGCCUCCCAGUUCUCACUUUUCCAGUUCUCUCUUAAAUUCUAAUGAUUUCUGUCUUCUUUCCAACUUAGCCAGGUACAAGGAUGUCUGUACUCUGCUUGUGACUAUAACUAUGAUUUCUAUGAUCCAGAGCUCUCAUUCAUUGCUUAACCAGAAAUUCUUACUUUUCGUCUUUACUUUGCCUCACUUUCCUAAACAGUUUUCAUCCUUAUCAAUACCUUUCAGGCUUACAUUGAAAUGAAAGGGUUUUGUUGAGGACUUGCAUUGGAAAGUAAAUUCCAAAUGAGGUUAGAAUCAAAGAGGGAUGGAGCUGUAAACCCAUGUCUUUGAGCCCCAAGACUCCUUGGGGCCUCCUUUUCACAUAGGAGGUACAGAGGGCAAUAGAGUUCUUGUUUUGCCCACCUUGAAUUCCCCCUGGCUCAGGCUAUAUUACUGGAUAUGAAGUUUUGAGAGUAAAGUAAAAUGUUAAAGAGAAAAGCAUUUUCAGAGUUCAAGAGAGUCCAGCUCAUACUUGACCAGGAUCCAUUGCAUCAGUGGGGGAGGGAGUGUUGAACAUCUGUUAUACGUAACUUCCUGAACUAGUGUUUUCACUGGAUCGAACAGAAUUGAACUGGCCUUUAGUCCCUGAAGAUGACUCAAUUACACUGGGCCAUCUGUUUGUUCCUGAGGUGACUUCUAGAAUAACUUAGCGUGUCCCCCCUGCGUAGGCUCAUAGUCAUUUGGUACCAGCUCUGGUCCUUAGUGUUUGGUUCUUGAUUGUGUUCAUGCUUGCCAACAUUCUAGGAGAGGGCCAUGGGGAAUCCUUUUUCCUGGUAUGGCAUUUAGAUUUCCAGAAGUGACUAAAUCUACUAAGGCUCAAAUUUGCAGUACACAAAGUAGUCCUGAAGUUUGUUCCUAGAAACAGGUCAGAUUGAUGAGGGAGGAGUUGAUUAUUUUUAGGAAUGUGUGUUCAUUGGAGGAUCUUCCCCAUGGACAUUACUUAGGACCAAUAUGUGAACUGUAUGAAGUGUAAAGAAAUGUUGUUUAUUGGACUGGGGUUUUGCCAGGAAAUAGUCCACAUCUUCAUUAUUCUUGUGUCUGCCAGAGCUUUCUCUUCUUCCUUCCAAGUUUCUGAUCAGGAAGAUGAAUUUCAUCUACGUUUAGAACAGAUAGGGAGCUAAAAGGACUUUGGGAACUGAGACCAUAGACUUCUUUUCUUCUGGGAGCAUUAAUCCCUGAUCAUUUCCAGGACUCCACUUCUUCCCUUUUUUUCUCUUGCAACCCACAUGGCUUGGAAUUUCAAUGCAGUAUAACAACCAUUAAGCCACUACGGUGUGCAGAAUAUAGGGCUAGAGGCCAGGUAUAAAGGUGAAUGACAAAAGAGCCCCCUGGUAUGGAGUUCAGAGUCUGUUGGGGGCCUGGCUUGCAAAUAGCGGUGAUACAGAGGGUCAGAUGAAUUCACAGUGAUUUUCCCCUUAACUUUCAAAAAACAAUCUUCAAUCAACAAUCUCUUAUAAAUGAUUUCUAAAUAUGCACAAAGUUUGUGUGCUAUCAGUGCUUUCUGUUAGAAAAAUUUUUAGUCGCUAAACAUAUCAAGAAGAAACUUGACUUAAAAAAAAUUAUGGGCCAAGCUCAUUAUUGAAUUUGAGCACAAUAAUAUUGGCAAAUUUGAUAGAGCAACAUAGUUUAAUUGUGUUCAUUACAAGCAUAGUGCAAGGAUAGUUCAAUGUUAAGAGAAUUUCCCAACAUAAUAAACCAUAUAGACAAGAAAAAUCAUUAAAAUUAUAUUAUUACAAAGGUAUGUAUACUCAGCCCUUGUUUAAUAUAAUAUUCUUUCUUGCGUAUAAAUGAAUUUAGUUCCAUCAAUUCAGAAAUGAUUUCCAGUGAUACAGAUCCUACGUAUCCAUGGCUGCCAAUCCUGUGUGAUUUUUGCCCAUGCUCUCCCAAAAGUUUGCCUCAGAGGAUCCACCCAAUGUGCUGGCAGCCUUCCUUGCUUUCUCAUGACAUUGUGAGAGUAUUAAUAGAGUACUGUUGCUGUCCACUUGUCAUCCCUCAUUCUUUCCAUAUAGAAAAUCGAAUAUAGUUCCUUGAGGAAAUCCUUUAUUCUUCUUUGGAGUUUUUCAUUGGUUAUAGGCUGCAGCUAUGUAAUGCCAACUCUGUGCUCUCUUUUGGCUUCUGUGUGAAACUCAUAAUUAGCCCUUCAGAGACAGUGAUGCUCCAUUAUUGUGAAGUGGCAAAGAUAUAGUCCAUUCUGGCAAAUUUCUUUUCAAAUGCCUGCUUAUUUUCUCCUACUGUCUUCAUCAGAAUGCCUUCACUUUGAUUGAUUUUCAAAGAUUUUUGUAUAGAUAGAGCAGGCAUAUAGAUCAGUAGUUAAUGACUUUGUUUUUGGGUGAUUAAAAGGGGAGGGCUAGGCAAUUGGGGUUAAAUGAUUUACUUAGGAGCACACAACUAGGAAAUGUCUUGAGAUCACAUUUGAACCCAGGUCUUUCUGACGCCAGGGCUGGUAUCCACUGUGCUCCCUAGCUGACCCUAGCUAAUGAUCUUUUUAAUCCUCUUUUGGGGGUAUUUGAGAUUUUUUCCAUGCCUUUGAAUUAUUCCCCCUCUUUAAGCUAUCUUCAGACCCUCAAUGGCUUCACAGUUGUGUUGUAUCCAGCAAUAUUCCUUGCUCAGAUCUGACUGCUUUUCCCAUCUUUGUUAUCUUUGUGCAAUUUCUGUCUUCUCUAUAAGCACUUCUAGGGACUGUGAUGUUAGUGUCUGAGUGUGGGGAUUCUACUGUCCUUCAUGGUGAAAAUGAUUUGUAGAAAUGGUUUUGGCAAAUCUUUCCCACUUUUUAAAUUUGCUCUUGGGAUGGCCGUUUCGUUGGAUAUCUUGCCAGCCUGUCUUUAAAUUGGUUUUACCCUCCAUUUCUUCAUUAUUGUCACUCCUUGUAAGAUUUAACAAGUGAGUUUAUAUUUUAACUCAGUAUUUCUAACUCAACCACUUUUCCAUUUGGCAAGCAAGUCACGUUGCUGUCUAAGGCACUUUUGGGGCUCCUUUGGUGUUCCUGUUGCAGUUAAUUUCUUUUGGUUAAACUUCUGCGUGAAAUUAUACUUGGUAUUGAUGUAAUUUCUUUUGUCUUAUUUCCCAUUUCUAAAUUUUCAAUAACCUGUUUAUAUUCAGGAUUAAAUCACUCUAAUUAUAUGCCAUAUCUCAUUAAGGCAGCUAUGUGGCUUACUGGGUCAACAGUCAGGAAGAUCAAAGUUAAAAUGUGACCUUUGAUACUAUCUGUGUAACCCCGAGCAAGUCAUGUAACCUCGGCUUCAGUUUCCUCAUCUGUAAAAUGGGGAUAACAAUAGUACCUAACUCUCAGGAUAGUUGAGAGGAUUAACAAAUAAUAAUUUUAAAGCACUUAGCACAAUACUUGGCACAUAGUAGGCACUAUAGAAAUGUUAACUAUUAUUAUUCAUCAUUUAUAGCCUUGGUCUCCCUCUAAAGAGCUGUCUCAGGGAUCAUUCCCUAGCCAAUAACAAAUGUUUUCCUGUUUUUUUAGAUGUAGCCAGUUUCAUUCUUGAUGGCAUUAUUUGUUAUAUCCAGUGCUUCCAGGCUUUUUUUUUUUUAAGAAAGUCUUAGUUGCAUAGAGAAGUAAAGCUUCUGCAUAAUCUGCAUGUCUUUGACCUCGCUUAUUCUUUCUCCUGGACUUUAUUAUUCCAUGUAUUUAUCCCCAUUUUCACCUUCUCUUCACUUUGCAUCGAAGUUACCAAAUCUUAGAGAUUAUCACCAAUUUUAUGGGAGGAUCUUAUAUUCUUUAUGGUAUCUAGCACUUUGUCCUUAGCAAUGGUCUUUCAUGAUGGCCUUUUUACAAUACUCAUCUUAUUACUCUAAGAUGACCAAAUGUUCAUUCAAAUAAAUGUUUCUUUUUACAUUGUGAAAAUUUUAAUAAAUAUCAUGUAAGGAGAGCUAGGCAAUUGGGGUUAAGUGACUUGCCUAGGAUCAUACAGCUAGGAAGUAUCUAUGGGCAGAUUUGAACCCAGGCCCUCCAGACUACAAGCCUAGAGUUCUAUCCACUGAGCUACCUAGCUCCCUGACUUUAUCCUACAAUUUUCAGGAGAGUACACACACAAAUAACUCCCAGAAUAAAUCCUUAGGGAAUACAAAUGGAAAAAGUGCCCCACAAUUGGACUCUCACCAUGGCACAUAUCUCGCCGAGUUCCCAAAUGAAGUUUUAGGUUUUUCCUUCCAAUAUUGUUUUUAUGGCCAGUUCUUGUUUUUUGAAUUCAUUUUCUCUGGUUUUCCAGAGAGAUGCCCAAACUGAAGCAUCAUAACUAAUGUUUUUCUUUGGAGUGUGUAAAGAUGAUAUAAACAAAUGACUGGGGUUUUACUCGACCCAGUCAGGCAAGAUGGCCUUUUCAGGGCCAGAGAGUGAAAAUGGCUGUUUUCAUUCAGUAGGCAAUCACUCUGACUCCACUUCUCAGGUAACAGGUUUAUUGUGGGCGUUGUUAUUGUUGUUGAGAAUGGGGAAAGGUAUGUGGGCUGUGGAUUUCCCCUAACUACUAAUAAAGUUAUCUAUAUCCCACCAUCUGACUCUUCACAGAGUCUCUUUGGCCCUCAGCUGACCCAAAGCUAUGCUCUCUAUUCUCUCUACCUUAAUUCUCCCCUUCUGUAACACUAAAUGAAUACACAAAUCUUUCUGUCUAUGAUUACUAAUAUACCAGAAACAAAUCUUAAAAUUUUCCAUUAAACAUAAUUUUAACCAUAGCUUUUACAAGAAACUUCAUUUAAGGAAUAAACCUUCUAAUGCAGUUUAAAACUCUAGUUUGAACCAAUUCAAACCCCCUUAUCUUAGGUUCUAUACUAAUUCUUAACCCUAUAGUUAAAUUAUUACCUUCAUUUUAUAACUAAUUUCCUUAUCCUACUUUGUACGUGGUCUUUCUACAUAUAUGAUACAUACAAGAAAUACUUCCAUAAUUACAAGAGUUUUAUGUUACAAAUAUGUAUAGAUAUAUAUAAAUCUAUGUACAUAUAUCUACAAAGUAUAUCUUACUAUCAUCAUUUUUCCAAUUCUUUCUAUGCUCUAUGACUAUUUAUACAUUUUGGAUCAUGUUUUCCAUCAGAAAGACUCCUACUUAUCUACAUGGGGUCAACAAAAUAUAUACAUAAUAUUUUGUGAAUCAUGUAGUCUAUUUUGUGUAGUGUUAGAUGUGAUACUUACAGAUGUUCUUCAGAAAUCCACUUCACAUGUUGCCUGAUGGAAAUCUCUUCUCUCUUCCCGGUUACAUGCAUGUUGCAUAUCCUAACAUGUCAAUGUGUAUACCUGAUUUUCAGCGCACUGUCUCACAUAUGUCUUGUUCCCCAUCUAUCUGCUUCAUGUUUACCAAUUUUCACUGUGUGCUCUUUUUAUUGUCUUUUCUGUCCUUUCAUUUCCAAAGUCUCUGUUUUCUUUCUGCUCUUGCAGCUUUCCUUUGAGCUUUUCCUCUGCACUGGUAUAUCUUCUGCUAGAAAUGCUCCCUCAUGGGCUUUUUGACUGAUGUUUCUCAGCUUUUGUCUUCUGCUGGAUAACUUUCAGGUACUUUUUCCUGUCUCCUAAUUCUGUUUCUGCCUGAUUCCUUUUCUCAUUUUCAUCUUUCUCAUCCCUAUUUUUACUUUGAUCUUCCUCAUCUUUGUGAGCUUUUUGGAUUUUCACGUUGGAACAGUGAAACCAUGCAUCUUUCCCUAUGACUUUUGUAGAUGAUGGAAUUGUGAGCAAAACUUCAUAGGGGCCCACCCAUUUCUCUUCUAUAGCUGAUUGUCUAGUAAAGUUUUUUACAUACACUUUGUCUUCAGGUCUUAUACUGUGCAAAGAAUAAUCCAGAGGGAUAGUCUAUUGGAUUACAUCCAUUUCAUGUAGCUCUCCAAGUCUGGUUUGCAGUGAUUUUAUGUAAAGCUGCCAGCUGACAAUCUCCUAACAUAGUUAUGAAACUAGGUUGACACAUUUUGGCUUGUAAUGGGGCAUGUCCAUACAGCAUCUCAAAUGGAAAAAGAUGCAAAUCUCCCCUUGGUCUUGUUCUUAUGUAGAAAAGUACUAGAGGUUGUAUUUCAAUCCAUUUUCGAUGAAUCUCUGAACAGACCUUCCCUAUCAAAGUUUUGAUUUCUCUGUUAAUCUUUCUCCCUGUCCAGAGCUCUGUGGAUGGUAAGGAGUAUGAAAACUGGCUUUGAUACUGUAAUAUAAUUAGGAAAGGGGAGAAUGGGAAUGGAGCCUCUUCCUUUUAAGGCAGGGACAGAGUGAGGAGGUGAUGUUGAUAAGCCAAGGGAGAGGAGGAUGGGUUUGUCUUUACUCCCUAAGCUCUCCCUUGACAAUCCCUCUCCCCUCCCCCCAUGGCAGCCUUAACUCCUAACUGCUAGGUUCUUUGAGUGUGGUGGUAAGCCUCUUUCUUUCUGGGGAAAGAAAUGUCACUUCUCUCCCCCUCAAUCUCAGGAUUCUCUCUAGUAAAGGCUAGAGUCAGUCUCUGGGUCCUAUUAACUGAAUUUAUUUGAGGGAAACAGGGCAGGAAAAAGGGUAGGAAAUUGAGGUUCAAGAGAGAAGGAGGGAGAAGGGUUCACAAGCUGUCUAAUACCCUUCCCCCCUCCAAAGUCAGGCAGAUCAGGUGUUGGUCAACCUGAACCCUUUGGGAUCAGCGUAAGGAACCCUGAUUUUCUGGCUACACGAGUGCCCCCAAGUUCAAGGUUCAAAGAAGUUGGUGGAGUUCUUCUUUGUGGACAGCUUAUAUUUCAAUUCCUGUCCACUGGCUUGUCUUCUUGAGAGGAUUUUGGGGUCAGGAAUCACAAGGAGAGAGAUAACUGAGUUGGAGAUUUAGCCAGAGCCUACUUCUAUGGUGUGUUUCCGGACAAGUCUCUCUCCAACUGCCUGGAUCAGCUCACUCCCCCCUCUCUCUUCAAAGUUCUGUGUUCCUUUCUGCCCAUCCCCCACUGCUGUAGAAUCCUGCAGCUCUUCCAAGUUUAUUUUCCUCCCAAGAUCUCAAACCUCUUACAAUACCCAAAUUUUCAUAUAUUUGUUUCAAAAUGGACUGUGAGAAGUGUGAUCUAUGGUUUGAGUCCACAAAAGUUGGCACUCCAAACCCAAGUAUUAUCUCCUUCAAUAGUACUUUUUCUACAAAUGCUGCAUUGUUCUUAAUAGCUGGAAACUCUUCUGGCCACCUCCUGAGUCUAUCAACUAUUACCAGACAAUACUUAAACUCUCUAGCUUUAGGCAUGGCGAUGAAAUCCAUUUGUAUGCUUUCAAAAGGAGUAAAGGCUAACUAUUGUCCUCCAAGACCUCUCUUCUUUUUCUUUUUUUUUUUUAACUCUUACCUUCCAUCUUGGAAUCAAUACUGUGUAUUGGUUCCAAGGCAGAAGAGUGGUAAGGGUUAGGCAAUGGGGGUUAAGUGACUUGCCCAGGAUCACACAGCUGGGAAGUGUCUGAGUCCAAAUUUGAACCCAGGACUUCCCAUCUCUGGGUCUGGUUCUCAUUCCACUGAGCCACCCAGCUGCCCCCAAGACCUCUCUUCUUAAACAGCCCUUGAUUGUAUCUCAUACAAAUGUUUCAUUUUUCACAGACUUUAAUAGCAAUUGAUGAAAUUCCAGGCACCAGCCAAAAUCUCUGGAUAUAUCUACCAUAGGCGGGGUCCCAAAGUGUCCUUCUCAUGUAUAGAGUUGCCCACAUGAUAAAAACAAAUUUUAGGCAAAAUGGAUUUCUCUGUGUCUGCAAACCAGAUCCCUCUAAUCUCCUUGGCACCAAAGUUCUUUAUCCAUGUUUGGACUUCCAAAUCAUUGUAAGCAUUUGUUAGAUCUGCUUCACCAAUGAUUGAAAGGCUUAGAACAUGCAUUGGUCUUUUUCUUGUGGCAUAUUUUGCAGUCACAUCUUCCCUUUGAUUUCUGCUAGACACAGAGUGUGUCCCAAAGCUAUGAACCCAGCAGUGGAUUACAGCAACUUCUUUAGGCAGUUGUAUUGCUUCUAGAAGUUCUGCAAAGACUUUGGCAUAGGCUGUCUCCUUUCCUGCACUGGUUAGAAAUCCUCUGUUCUUCCAGAUUUCCCUGGUCACAUGUAUCACACUGUAAUAAAGGAGGUUUGGGAUAUUAAAAUAAAGAUCCUAUCCACUGUCUCAGAUGAUUUUUCAGUGGAGUUCACAAGGAGUUUCCGGAGAAGGAUCUGAAUAUGGGAGAGAGUAGGAGCUUGAAUGAGUUAGCACUUACUCUUCUUUUACUCUUCCUGAGAGAGGCUGCUGUAAAGGUAUAUUGAGGUUCCCUGAGGAGAAAGGGUGGUGGAGAGUUGAAGAUAGGUCUCCCCUACCAAAUAAACCCAAAGGUAACCCCAGAUUCCCUGGCCAGAGAGGAUCUGGAGACAAGCCUCGAUGGAAGCUUUGCCUCUGCAUGGCUCUUUGUUGAUCUUAAUUCAGAUAUCUUCUCAAAUAUAAACCAAGGAGCUUGACAAAUCUGACUGCGGUUUAUAAGUUUUAAUGAUGAAACUAAAGGCAAGUUGGGAGCUGGAAAGUGGGACUUGGUAUCCCUAAUGGUAUCCUGAUAUGGUCUUUCACCUAGGCAGCUUAAUUAGGAGACCUAGGUUUCUCUGUCCCGAUCCCCAACUAAAUAAAUUCAAACUAUUUACUAUAGUUAUCUAGCCUAAAGAAUCUAUAAACAGAUAGGUGCAAGAGGGCUGGAGGGGAAAGGAUCUGGGCUCUCUCCUCAGUGAGUCCAUGGCCCCCUUUCAGGGUUUGAGGGACCUUCUCCUCAGUAGAGAUGUUGUCGGAGAGAUUCAACAGAUGAUGGCUCUGCAGAAGAACUUGAAUAUUGACACAGGAUAUACUCUUAUGGCUCUCGAUAAGAUCCUCAGCUAGGAAACACAUCCAGCCUGGUCAAGGUCUCAGGUCAAAGGGCCCAGAAUUCCAUAUAGAUCUUUCUCAGGUCACUUUUCCUUUCCUAGCAUGCCUUGUUCUCCAAACGAACAUUUCUGCCACUCACCCCUGAUGCAAAGAUUCCAAUUUCCUCAAUUGCACUGAUCUAAUUACAGCUCCAAAUGCAUAUCUGGAGUCUAUGAAAAUGUUUACUCUCAUGCCUUUCCCUAUUACAGGUGGUAAUGAUUAUUCAUGAAGUAGACACCGAUGCUUCUUAGAGGAUGGUAUUUGAUGGUCUAAAGGAGCUAGUUGAGGAGGAGUUGAGGUGUUGAAUGGUAGAAGCCUAGAUGAAGUGGCUCCUACUCUCUCUCUUAUACUUGCUGGGCUGAACUAUCAAGGGGUGCUACCCAAGAAAUUGGGAUUCCCCUGUUAUGAGAGGGUGGUGGUAAGAUGAAGGAAAGUCUCCCCUAUCAGAUGAUGUAAGGGAUAUCCCCAAAUUACCUUGAAUGAGACGGCCAGAAGGAUACGUCUCCCUCGAGUCUUCUAACUCAACAGGGGAGGGUAUUGAUCUGCCCCCCCCCCCCCCCCCCCCGUUAUGGCUGAUCUGUAGCCUCAACGAGCUGCUUUCCCCUAGCCGCUUGAAUAAGCCUCUUGAAAUUAUCUGGCUGCGAGUAAAAUGAUUUAAUGGACAAGGAAUAUAUGGAAAGAUGGGGAGCUGGGUUGAGGAAAUCAUGGUCCCGGAUUUCUAACCCCAAGAGGUCCUUGGUUCUGGCAGCUACAAAGCUAAAUCCAGAGUUUCACCACCCCUUCCCUCUAUCUCUCACUCCUAAUUUAGUACUAAUAGAGCCAAGGAAUAAACAGAGCAGGUGCAAUAGGCCAAGGGAGGGUGUGGCCCUCUCUGGCUGAGAGUCUUAGACCCUCACAGUUCCAAAGAGACUUGACACUAGUAGAUAUUAUCCAAAGUACAAUGAUGGUGAAAUACUCUUCAGCAGAAAUCCUGGAGCUGAACAUUUGGAAAUCUUUAGUCAGGCUCUUGGCAAAUCUCUGGUGAGACGAGUCGCUUCUGCCCACCUUGAGAUCUCAACACCAAAAACCCCGAGUUCCUCUUGGAGCUCCCCCAGGUUAACCUUCUUCUCCCAUGAUCCUCUGUUACCUCUUCUUUCAAUGUUCCAUCUUUUCCUUUGCAACCUGCCCUUACAAUUCCUGCUUUUUGUUUUGUGUGACUUUCUAAAAGUCACACCGGGUUAAACUUAUGGGAAAUUAGUAAGCUCUAAACCUAACUAAUGUUUCCAUUCCUCAAAUAACAAAUCCAUAUCUUACCCUUUCUAUCUAGUCUAAGCUAAAGCUACUUCCAAGGAUGGAAAGUUUUGGGAAGGGAAGAUUUCUUUGGCUUACAUAAAAUUUCAAUGUUUAAAACGGGUUCAAUACAGUAUUUCAUAUAACAAUACUUAAUCAUCUAAUCUAACUAAUGCAACAAUGUUCUUAUUCCUAUUUUGUUUAAACCAUGUUAACUAUCUAUUAGCUAACACAAUAUUAUCUUAUCACUCACCUUCCUCUGUUCCGUAACUAUAUAUUUCUGGCUAAUAGAGUUUUACUGCCUUACUCAACUGUCACAGCCUGUCUUACUUAUACUGAUGCUUAAGCGGUCCGUAUUCUGGCUAGCUAGGUACAGAAUUUCCCCAAGUCCCUGGUUUAUGCUUUCCCUGUUUCUAUGACUAUGCUCUCUAUGUAUUGUUACAUUAUAUAACCAUAUCGCUAACCCUAUAGUUAUUUUUUAAACUAUGGUACAUCAUUUAUACUUUUUACAACAUUGACAUAUAUACAGUUUAUAUACCUAGCCCUUGCUUUGGUGUUGGUCAAACUGAAAACCUGCCGAUCUUUUUAUUUGAUUAAGACCUUAUCAGACUUAAUAUUUCCAUAUGUACAUAUUUACACUUUGUGCACGUGGACACCUGUUUACUCAGGGGCCUAAAAGAUCAAUUCGUGUUGUGUAUGUGUUCCAUUUAUGUGUGAUGGAUGCUCUGAGUUGCUUGUUGUCCCUUUGUCUACAAGUUGACUGAAGAUCUCAGCUUCAAUUUGGCUGUGUUGCAUACAAUUUCCCGUAAGUGUGAAGUUGUUUUGUUUUGUUUUUUGUUGUUAUCAGCUCAACACUUUAUGUAUAGUCCUUCUCCUGUUAUCUCUUCAUGCUUGUAGGUGAAAUGAAGCAGGAGUUGGAGGUUACUUCUACAGAGAAAGAAAGGAGAUUUUCUCUCUCCUUUCUCAAGGGAUAUUUUAACAGACUGUAUCCCUUGAGCGCUAAUGGGAGCACGAGCUGAGGGGAAAAGUUGACACUUCCCCUGCCAGCAGUUUCUGAGGAAGACUUCUGUUUGCCUCCUCAAUGGAGUUGUGUGGCAGGCUUAGUCUGGGUUUGCCCCAGAAAGAGACCAGACUCAAUCUUUGAGUCUUGCCUCCAGUCACCCAACCUCCCAGGUAUUGAGGAAAUUCAAACCCCAAAUCAGACUUGAAUACUAAGGUUUUAGUUGAGGGAUAGGGUAAUGGGUUGAAGGAGAAAGGGGAAAGGCUGCCCUGUCAGGUUGUACACAGAGUCGCUGUUCAAGAGGGUGAUGCCCAUGGCCACAAAUGCCUCAGCCCCUUUCCACAAACUGACUGCUCUUUUUAACCCUCUGCUAUUUGUUAUUCUUUUUUUUUGUCCUUCCUUUUCUUUUUUUUAAAUUUUAUAAUAUUUUAUUUGAUCAUUUCCAAGCAUUAUUCAUUAAGGACAAAGAUCAUUUUCUUUUCCUCCCCCCCAACCCCCAUAGCUGACUCGUGAUUCCACUGGGUAUCACAUGUGUUCUUGAUUCGAACCCAUUGCCAUGUUGUUAGUAUUUGCAUUAGAGUGUUCGUUUAGAGUCUCUCCUCUGUCAUGUCCCCUCAACCGCUGUAGUCAGGCCGUUGCUUUUCCUCAGUGUUUUUACUCCCACAGUUUGUCCUCUGCUUAUGAAUAGUGUUUUUUUCUCCUGGAUCCCUGCAGAUUGUUCAGGGACAUUACACCGCCACUAAUGGAGAAGUCCAUUACGUUCAAUUAUACCACAGUGUAUUAAUCUCUGGGUACAAUGUUUUCCUUCUUCUGCUCCUCUCAUUCUGCAUCACUUCCUGGAGGUCGUUCCAGUCUCCAUGGAAUUCCUCCACUUUAUUAUUCCUUUUAGCACAAUAGUAUUCCAUCACCAACAUAAACCACAAUUUGUUCAGCCAUUCCCCAAUUGAUGGGCAUCCCCUCAUUUUCCAAUUUUUGGCCACCACAAAGAGCGCAGCUAUGAAUAUUCUUGUACAGGUCUUUUUCUCCAUUAUCUCUUUGGGGUAAAACCCAGCAGUGCUAUGGCUGGAUCAAAGGGUAGACAUUCUUUUGUCGCCCUUUGGGCAUAGUUCCAAAUUGCCCUCCAGAAUGGUUGGAUCAGUUCACAACUCCACCAGCAAUGAAUUAAUGCCCCUACUUUGCCACAUCCCCUCCAGCAUUCAUUACUUUCCUUUGCUAUCAUGUUAGCCAAUUUGCUAGGUGUGAGGUGAUACCUCAGAGUUGUUUUGAUUUGCAUCUCUCUGAUUAUAAGAGAUUUAGAACACUUUUUCAUGUGCUUAUUAAUAGUUUUGAUUUCUUUAUCUGAAAACUGCCUAUCCAUGUCCCUUGCCCAUUUAUCAAUUGGAGAAUGGCUUGGUUUUUUGUACAAUUGAUUUAGCUCUUUAUAAAUUUGAGUAAUUAAACCUUUGUCAGAGGUUUCUAUGAAGAUUUUUUCCCAAUUUGUUGUUUCCCUUCUGAUUUUAGUUACAUUGGUUUUGUUUGUACAGAAGCUUUUUAAUUUGAUGUAGUCAAAAUUAUUUAUUUUACAUUUUGUGAUUCUUUCUAUGUCUUGCUUGGUUUAAAAGUCUUUCCCCUCCCAAAGGUCUGACAUGUAUGCUAUUCUGUGUUUACCCAAUUUACUUAUGGUUUCCUUCUUUAUGUUUAAGUCAUUCACCCAUUUUGAAUUUAUCUUGGUGUAGGGUGUGAGGUGUUGAUCUAUUCCUAAUCUCUCCCACACUGUCUUCCAAUUUUCCCAGCAGUUUUUAUCGAAUAGUGGAUUUUUGUCCCAAUAGCUGGGAUCUUUGAGUUUAUCGUAUACUGUCUUGCUGAGGUCGCUUGAUCCUCCUUUCUGUCUCUUAGCCAGUACCAAAUUGUUUUGAUGACUGCUGCUUUGUAAUAUAGUUUAAGGUCUGGGACUGCAAGGCCCCCAUCAUUUGUGUUUUCUUUUUCAUUAUUUCCCUGGAUAUCCUUGAUCUUUUGUUAUUCCAAAUGAACUUUGUUAUUUCUAAAUAACAAAUUUUUUCUAAAAUCAGUAAAGAAAUUUUUUGGGAGUUCAAUGGGUAUGACACUAAAUAGAUAAAUAAGUUUGGGUAGGAUGGUCGUUUUUAUUAUAUUGGCUCAUCCUAUCCAUGAGCAGUUAAUGUUUUUACAAUUGCUCAAGUCUAGUUUUAGUUGUGUGGAGAGUGUUUUGUAGUUGUGUUCAUAUAGUUCCUGUGUUUGUCUCGGGAGGUAGAUUCCUAGGUAUUUUAUUUUGUCUAAGGUGAUUUUGAAUGGGAUUUCUCUUUCUAGUUCUUGCUGCUGAACUGUGUUGGAGAUAUAUAGAAAUGCUGAUGACUUAUGUGGGUUUAUUUUGUAUCCUGCAACUUUGCUAAAGUUGUUGAUUAUUUCAAUUAGCCUUUUGGUUGAAUCUCUAGGAUUCUUUAAGUAGACCAUCAUGUCAUCUGCAAAGAGUGAUAACUUGGUCUCCUCCUUGCCUAUUUUAAUGCCUUCAGUUUCUUUUUCUUCUCUAAUUGCUACUGCUAGUGUUUCUAGUACAAUGCCAAAUAGUAGAGGUGAUAAUGGGCAUCCUUGUUUCACUCCUGAUCUUAUUGGGAAUGCAUCUAGUUUAUACCCAUUGCAGAUGAUAUUAGCUGAUGGUUUUAGAUAUAUACUGUUUAUUAUAUUUAGGAAUGACCCUUCUAUUCCUAUGCUUUCUAGUGUUUUUAAUAGGAAUGGGUGUUGUAUAUUUUAUCAAAGGCUUUUUCUGCAUCUAUUGAGAUAAUCAUGUGGUUCUUGUUGGUUUGCUUGUUGAUGUGGUCAGUUAUGUGGAUGGUUUUCCUAAUAUUGAACCAGCCCUGCAUCCCUGGUAUAAAUCCUACUUGAUCAUGUUGGAUGAUCCUUCUGAUCACUUGCUGGAGUCUUUUUGCUAGUAUCCUAUUUAAGAUUUUUGCAUCUAUAUUCAUUAGGGAGAUUGGUCUGAAGUUUUCUUUCUCUGUUUUUGACCUGCCUGGUUUUGGAAUCAGUACCAUGUUUGUGUCAUAAAAGGAGUUUGGUAGAACUCCCUCUUUGCUUAUUAUGUCAAAUAGUUUGUAUAGUAUUGGGAUUAACUGUUCUCUGAAUGUUUGAUAGAAUUCACUGGUGAAUCCAUCAGACCCUGGGGAUUUUUUCUUAGGAAGUUCUUUGAUGGAUUGUUGGAUUUCAUUUUCUGAUAUGGGAUUAUUUAAGAAUUCUAUUUCUUCUUCUGUUAGUCUAGGCAGUUUGUAUUUUUUGUAUAUAUUCAUCCAUAUCACCUAAAUUGGUGUAUUUAUUGCCAUAUAAUUGGGCAAAGUAAUUUUGAAUGAUUGCUUUAAUUUCCUCUUCAUAGGGGGUGAUGUCCCCCUUUUCAUCUUUGAUGCUGUUAAUUUGCUUUUCUUUCUUCCUUUUUUAAAUUAGAUUGAUCAGUACUUUGUCUAUUUUGUUUGUUUUUUCAAAGUACCAGCUUCUUGUCUUAUUUAUUAAAUCAAUAGUUCUAUCACUUUCGAUUUUAUUAAUUUCUCCCUUAAUUUUUAGGAUUUCUAGUUUGGUUUUCUGCUGGGGGUUUUUAAUUUGAUCGCUUUUGAGUUUUUUUAUUUGCAUUUCCAAUUGAUUGAUCUCUGCUCUCCCUAAUUUGUUAAUAUAUGCACGCAGGGAUAUGAAUUUACCUCUGAUUACUGCUUUGGCUGCAUCCCAAAAGCUUUGAAAGGAUGUCUCGCCAUUGUCAUUUUCCUUGAUGAAAUUAUUAAUUGUUUCUAUGAUUUCUUCUCUAACUAAAUGAUUUUAGAGUAUCAUAUUGUUUAAUUUCCAAUUAGUUUUUGAUUUGGUUUUCCAUGUACCAUUACUGAUCAUUAUUUUUAUUGCCUUGUGAUCUGAAAAGGCUGCAUUUAUUAUUUCUGCUUUUCUGCAUUUGUGUGCCAUGUUUCUGUGACCUAAUGUAUGGUCAAUCUUUGUGAAUGUGCCAUGUGGUGCUGAGAAGAAGGUGUAUUCCUUUUUAUCCCUAUUUAUUUUUCUCCAUAUGUCUAUUAAUUCUAAUUUUUCUAAGAUUUCAUUCACUUCUUUUACCUCUUUCUUAUUUAUUUUUUGAUUUGAUUUAUCUAAAUUUGAUAAUGGUUGGUUUAAGUCUCCCACUAAUAGGGUUUUACUGUCUAUUUCUUCCUUCAAUUCUCCUAGUUUCUCCAUUAGAAAUUUGGGUGCUAUAUUAUUUGGUGCAUACAUGUUGAUUAGUGAUAUUUUCUCAUUAUCUAAAGUCCCUUUUAACAAAAUAUAAUUACCUUUCCUAUCCCUUUUGAUCAGGUCUAUUUUUGCUUUGGCUUUAUCAGGUAUCAUGAUUGCCACUCCUGCCUUCUUUCUGUCAGUUGAGGCCCAGAAGGUCUUACUCCAUCCUUUAAUUCUGACCUUGUGGGUGUCUACCCGCCUCAUGUGUGUUUCUUGAAGACAACAUAUGGUAGGGUUUUGGAUUCUAAUCCAUUCUGCUAUUCGUCUACAUUUUAUGGGUGAGUUCAUCCCACUCAUGUUCAAAGUUAUGACUGUCACUUGUGGACUCCCUGGCAUUUUGAUAUCCUUCCCUAAUUCUAACCUUUCUUCUUCAACUCUACCUUUUAGUCCAGUGAUGUAUGUUAAAUCAGUCCCCCUUGUCUCCUCCCUUGAUAUGUUUCCCUUUCUAGUCCCUCCCUUUUUUGUGUUCCCUUCCCCCUACCCCCCUUGGUUUUCCCUUCUCCCUUCCCUUGUUGAGUAAGAUAGAAUUCACGAUCCCAAUGGAUCUGGAUGUUCUUCCCUCUUAGAGUUGAUUUCCCUGAGAGUAAGGUUUAAGUAAAAACUCUCUUCCUCUCCUUCUUAUAGGAGUUUUCUUCCCCUCCCCUUCCCAUGUGAAUCUUUGUGUGAGAAAGGUUAUUCUAUUUGGUCUUUCUUUUCCCCCUAUUUACACAUUACAUUUCCCCCACAUGUUAGUAUAUAUAGAUUGAUAUAAAUGUAGUCCUUAUAGAAGAGAGUUUGAGUAAAAGAAAAAGAUAACAUUUUUCUCCUUUUCCCUUUCCUUCAUAUUUAUUACCUUUUCAGGUAUUCCAUGCUCUUUGUUUUUCAAUAUCGAACUUUCCACAGAGCUCUGGUCUUUUCUUUGCAAAAACUUGGAAAUCUUCUAUUUUGUUGAAUGCCAUACGUUCCCUUGGAAGUAUAUAGUCAGUUUUGAUGGAUAGCUGAUUCUUGGUUGAAGGCCCAGCUCUCUUGCCUUUCUGAAAAUCAUGUUCCAUGCCUUAUGGUCAUUCAGAGUGGAACUUGCAAGGUCUUAUGUGACCCUGAUUGGCAUUCCUUUAUAUCUAAAUUGUCUUUUUCUGGCUUCUUGUAAGAUUUUUUCUUUUGCUUGAAAGCUUUAGAAUUUGGCAAUUACAUUCCUGGGAGUUGUCUUUUGGGGAUUUAGUGUAGAGGGUGUUCUGUGAACUCUUUCAAUGUCUGUAUUGCCCUCUUGUUCUAGGAUCUCUGGGCAAUUUUCUUUGAUUAUAUCUUGUAUUACGAUGUCGAGUUUGCUGUUUAUUUCUGGCUUUUCUGGUAGUCCAAUUAUUCUUAAAUUGUCUCUUCUCCCUCUAUUUUCCAAGUCUAUGACCUUGUCAGUGAGAUAUUUUAUGUUCUCUUCUAAUUUCUUGGUCUUUUGGCUUUGCUUUAUUAAUUCUUGCUUGUUGUCUUUGAGUUGCCUAAUUCUGACCUUUAAAGCCUGGUUUUCCUUUUCACUUUGGUCAAACUGGUUUUGUAGAUGCAUGAAUUCCUUUUGCAUUAUUUCCCACUUUUCCUCCCAGAAGGCUUCCAUCUUUUUGAUCCUUUCCAAUUCAGAUUCUUCAUGGGUUUGUGGAGAGUUUCCAUUUCCUUUGGAAGGUUUCGGAGCAUUUUCUUGUGUUUCCUCUUCUAUCUCCUCUGUAUUUCGUAUUUUUGCUCCAUAAAAUGUGUCCAAAGUCGCCCCCUUCUUCUUGUUUUUCUUGGAAUUUUGGGGCUUUUGUGCUUCUGUGGAGUUUGCCAUCUCUAUCUGAGUGGGGAGGACUAGCUUUUCUUAUCUCUGUCUGGUGUUCAGAGGUUUUAGCCCUAGGCAGAUUGUCCGUUCUAUGCAGUUGUUGUUCUGUCUUCCCCGGGAAGCCAGGAAUUGCUGGUGUUUCUGUGUUACUGCCCUCCUCAGUUCCCUCCUGAUGCUUCUCAGUUGCCUUACUUCCAUGCUCUGAGCCUGGCUUGGCUCUUUCCUCGGGGUGUUUGUUUCUGUGCCUUAGCCAGCCAGAAGAGCCAGCACUCUGAGUGGGGAGGGGCCACGGCUUCCUGGAGCUCAGAGGGCUCCUGAUAGGAUUACCUUUCCCUGGGUUGAACUGAGUAUGCCCUGAGGCAGGGACCUUCCGCGAGACUCGGAUGGAAGGAUCCAGCCAGGGGGUUACAAGCUCUCCCCGUCUCUCUCUGUUUCCCUGCUGUCUGUGUUGGGUGCCCCCUUGUCUGAGUCAGGUUGUUUUCAGGAAGCAGCCUUCAGAAUAGCCGGCCCUGAGGCUCUGAGGUUCCCUCUGCUGCCUUGGACUCAGCGCUCUGGGUUGGGGGGAAUGGGUCCUGGGACCUUCCUUCUGCCUGUCCCUUAGAUCCGAGUGAUCUCGGGUUCUGGCUUUGGGGGGCCGUACCUUUUGAUCCAGGUCCAGGAGGAGGAUUCCCAGGGUCUAUGCUGUUGUUCGUUUUGAAUUUCGGUGCCCUAGGAGCAUAUAGUUUGAGUUCGGUAGGGAAGGGUUUCCGGAGAUCUGAACUUUAGCUUUCUCUAAGCCACCAUCUUGACCUGAAGUCUAUUUGUUAUUCUAAGAGCUGAAUCAUAAAACAGUUUAGGGAAGGCAAAGGAGAGGACCAAGAGGAGCCAGGAGGCUGGUGUUAUGUUUGAGAGAGUCGAAGCCAAAGACUUCAUCUGGGUCAGUUAUUCUUGAUGGCAGGUGAAGGAAAACAGCAGGAAGAUGUCGUUGUCAGAAACAGCUUUGGGAUCAAAGGCAGGAAAACAAGGUCUUCUUCUUGUGGCUUUGAGGGGGUGGUCCCUCAGCCACUCAGAAAGUGAAUGUGUUAGCUUCUAGUCCUGAGUUAGAAGCCCUGGGGCUCACCAGAAUCUUCCUCAGCCAAUGGUUCUCUUCCACAAUCCUUUGCUGUCCAAACUGUCACCUUAGUGCCUGUCAGUCAAAACUGCAGAUUCCAACAAAGAUCCCCUUGCCAUCCUUACAAAUCCCACUUCUUGUUAUGUGCAUUCUAAGCCAAAGAAGCACUGGGAUUAUUUAAUCUAAAAUUUAAUCCUUAAAUGUAAUUCUUGCUAUCUAAUGUUCUUAUCCCACCCCCAAAAAACAAAUCUCUUUCUAAACCCAUUUUUACACUUAACUACCACUAAAUCUAAGAAGGAUUUAUGGAAAGCUGGGAUAGGAGAGACAUGUAUGGGGGGGUAUAAUUUGAACAUUUGAGAAAAACAGGUUUUGGACAAACAUUCUCCCUAACAAUUUGUAACAAUCAAUUUAUUGCAAGUUGGCAACAAUUUUCUAUUGCUACUUUUCUUGAACCAUGUAAAUCUUGCAAAAGUUAAUACUAUUCUGUCUUAUUGAUAGUCUUAUACCUAUCUAAUACAAUAUUUGUUAUCUUACUUUCUUUGUUCUGUCUUAUUUCCUACUCUGUCCUUCAUUUCUGACUCUGAGUUUUUUUAACUUCCCUAAUUCCCUAGCUACUCUGUCCCUAAUCUGGCAUCAUCCAAUAUAUUUUACGUUACAUACUGUUAUUGCUAUCUUAUUCCUAAGUCUAUUGGUGGUAGUAAUUUAUGAUCCAUGUAAUUUUCACUGUAUAACAUUUACAUACUGUGUUUCUGUUUCCCUUAUAUUGGUUGGAGUUAUUAUAAACUGGUCUUCUCCCAUUCCCCUGGUCAUACUGUGCCUUCUGUGGGCCCAAGCCUGUUGCAAAGGAAGCAACGUUUGGGAGUUGCCUGCCUGCUCUGUUGGAAUUGAGGGCUAGGCUGUUUAAAGGUUUGCGAAGAUUGGAUUUGGCUCUCCUGAUUGUAACAUUGAAGGUACUUAGCUCUUCCUUGAUUGUGAAGAUUAAAUUGUAAUCCCCUGUCUAUUUUUAGAUUUUAAUCCCCAAAAUGUAAAACACAGUACUUAAAGUUGAGUGGAAAUCUACCCAUUUUGGAUUUUAACCACAAAAAUGUGUGAACACUCAUUUCAUACAUUGAGUGAGAGGUCUGUGACUCACGUGUGAAAGAAUGGGCAGUCCUGGAGUGGAGCAUCGGCUGUGAUUGGUAGACGUAAAAAUUUAAGGGAAGUGACACAAGAGAAAAAGUUCUUUAAAAGUGGAAACAGAGACACACACAGACACUGGAAGAGAGACUUUGAGUGAAGAGGGACACUUGGAGUUUGAAAGAGACACUCUUGGAGUGGAGCCUGCUGGAGUUGAGGCUGAUAAAAGAAUCUUCUGAUUGAACUGACAAUGUGGUGAGUGUAAAGGCUGACUUCCUUCCUUGCUUUUGAGGCGUGACCCUCCAGGAAAGACCCAUUGUCUUUAAACAUUGAAACAUCUCUACUAGGACUUUCAACUACAGCUGUCUAAAAUCCUCAAGGGGCAUUGUGGAUUUGGACUUUUGGAACAUAGCCACCCAGAUCCUUUCCUGAUAUAUUCUCUAUUUUCUCUCUCUCUCUCUCUCUCUCUCUCUCUCUCUCUCUCUCUCUCUCUCUCUCUCUCUCUCUCUCUCUCUCUCUCUCUCUCUCUCUCUCUUUGCUGCCUUGUACAAUUACAAAACAAAACAUAUCUUUCAGCAUGCUUAUGUAAUCUAUUUGCAAACUCUCAAAUGGACAAUAUGCCAAAGGUCUACCAGCCAAACCUUUCUUUCUGAACGCACCUUGAUUGAAUUUUUGGCAAACAGAACAACUGGUACAGAUCACUCUUAUAUCCACUAACCACUUGGCUGAACUUAGGUCUUGCUCCAGAUUUUACCCACUCUUGUAUUGUGUUCAAAUCAGGUGCUUGAGCUCCCUGACAGCAGCAUUUGUACAAUUAUUAACAUUCUUCCCUCUUUGAUAAUUAUUAUUAUUAUUCCAUUUAUUAUUUCUCCAUCCAUUAUUAUAUUGCCUAUUGUAUCCAUUAUUCCUAUUUAUUAGUCUACAAAAUUGUCCUCUGAAUCUGUACUCUCUUACAAAAUGCCCUACACGAUUACAUAAAAAAUACCUUGGAACUCCUUAUCUCUUUCCUUUUGGUAUGUAUUGAUUAUUAGAUUGCACAGAUCUAAGUGCUGCCACUGCUUUUAUCUCUUUGAUCUCACUAUCUCUGGCUUUAUUCUUAGCAUCCCUUAAUUUCUUUCUCAAAUCUUCAAUCACUGUAUCUUUGUCUUCAUGAGAUCUAUCCUCUAUCUAAACACAAAUAUGUCACUUUUCUUUUUAACUCUUCCAAACUUAGCCCUUCAUAGUUUGGACAAUUACUCUUUAAAAACUGCUUUAUCUUGGGACAGACAUUUUUAACAAACAAUCUUUAGAUGUGGGCAAUGGUGUCUUCUGCCAACACAUCAAUUCCUAAAUUUAAUUCAGCCAUUUCUGUAAUUCUAUCCAGGAAACUAGUUGGUGUUUCAUCCUGCUUUUGUUUUAUACUUUCAAAUUUUGACCAUGCAUUGGGAGUACCUUUUCAUUACUUCAGUUAUUGAUCUUCUGGCUUGCUUCAUUUAUCUUUAAUCAGUAACAGAAUUCAUAUCUAUGUCCUCAUAAUCUUCAGGCCAUGAGGUCAAAGGUGGAUUAUUUAUGGUCUCUUCAAUAAAUUGGUUUCUCUCUCUUUUAGUAAGCAAUUCCUCCAUUAGCAAGAAAAAAUCAGCAUAGUCUGGGUCAAAGAUUUUAAUUGCCCUCUGAAAUUCUUUUAUGACUUUAUUUGACUCGUCAAAAAAGCACGAGGGGUUCAAUGCUUGAUAGUUUCUAGGUCUUCAGGAGUGAAUAACUUAUGGGUCUUAAUUUUAAAUACUUCAUCCAGAGUAACCACUGGUAUAUCUCUGAGAGGGAACAGAGUGGCUUGGGUCUUAUUUAUUUCUGCAUUCUCUCUUUCUAAUCUGGAUAGUUUUUUUUUUACCAUUUACUUCAUUAACUUCCUUAUCCAUAAUAUUUUCCUCUAAAUCAUAUUUAACACUAUUAUUUUGUAUCAUUUCAUCCUUCAUAUAUUGUUCCAUAACUUCAAGUUUUUCUUUCAUUAGCAACAUUUGUUUCAUUUCUAAAUCUCUUGUGUAAAAAUUAAAAUUUAGGGAAAGCUGAUGCAGGUAGAAAUUAGUUUCUCUCUGCAAGGAGUAUUAUAUUUUUAGAAGUUUAUUGAAGAUUAAAAUAUAAAGAAAACACAAGUAAGAAAAGCAUGUGUCUAGGCCCAGAGAGCCUAUUCAUGACCACUCACAUCUUGCCUGCUAGGUGGAGAGCUGCGUGUGCUCAGAAGCGGAAGUAGAAAAAAAGGCAGAGCCUAUUCACCACCAGGUUAAAUACCCCAUCUCGCUCUCGGCCCAGGUGAGGUUUCAGUGAGAUUAGAGGGCAUUCUGGGGAAGUGGAGCAAGGACUUCUGGGGAUUGAAGUCCUGGAUUCAAGUCUCCAUUUUUACACUUAUCAGCCAUUGUACAAUUGCUCUUAUUUUAUGGAAUUACUUACGGAAUUAACAAUUCCAAAAACCAGGUUUCUGCAUUUAUAUAACACCAGCAAACAUAAGCAUAAUAGAGGUCCAUAGGCAAAAAUGGUUCUGAGUGUUAAUGACAUAAUCGGUUCUAGCCACUUAUAACCUAGCAUCAUGUAACACAAGUUUGGAAAUAUUGUGAAAAUCCCAUAAGGGAUAUACAGGAAACAAUCAUAAACAAAGAGAAAAAUAACAUUUACCAUGUUUCCUGACAUGAUGCUAUAUGUAUAAAUGAAGGUGUUAUAUAGGAUAGGAUACGUGGUGUUAGUAUUCACCUUGAUUACUUAUAGUAAUCGUCAAGAGAACAGAAACAACAAAAAAAGUGUAAUAUAAGGGCAGGGAGAGAAUGGAGUCUACACCCCACCCCCCACCCCCCAGCUGAGUCAGGGCCAGAGUGAGGUAAAGAUGGAAUUGAGUCAAGUAGAGAGAGAGAGAGAGGGGAUGGAUUGUCUUCCCUCUCAGCUCUCCCUGACAAACCCCACUCUGGUUGCCUUUCAAGACCUUAACUUCUGUUCCCUCAGAGAUGCUGGCUAAACUGGCUUGAUCCAGUUAGCUUCUUUUUCCCUGGGGAGAGGAAUGUCACUUCCAUCCCCCCAACUUCAAGUCUCUCUCAAAAUGUGAUUGAGUCAGUCACUUGUUCUUAUUAAAAUUGUUUUAUUCUAAGGGAACAAGGCAAGGGAUAGGGGAGAUGAGUUUAGGUAUGAGUCAGAAGGGAAGAGGGAGCAGGGGGUCCCUAGAACAACUGAAACCCCUUCUCCCAAAAGUCUGGCAGAUCAGGCUUUGCUGAUCUGACCCCCUGGGGUCAGUUAGAAGAAGUCCUGGCUCUAACUGCAUUGGCAACUGUAACCAGUCCAGGACUUUAGGGAAUUUGGAUGAAAUUUUUCUUCUAGUGAACAGCUUCCAGUUGAAGUCCUAUUCAUUUAGUAGUUGUCUUCUUGGGGUAUUGGGUCAAACUUUCACAGGAGGAGAUGAGUGCUGGUUCAGAGAUCUACCCAGUUCACCUUUCUGGUAGCUUCUCCAAGAGAAGAAGACUCUUUUCAACUGUUCAGAUCAGCUCACUUCUUCUUUUCUCAGAAUUCUCUCUCCUUCCUGUCCUUUCUCUGUUCCUGAAGAAUUCUCUAGCUUGCCAGAUCUGUUUCUCUCUUCAGAUCUUACAAAUCUCUUACAAAAGCAAAAAAACAAACAAACAUUUUUUCUCCUAGCACAUGUGCUUUUUACCCUUUAAAUUUUUCCUUUUAAAUUAAUCCUUUUAAUUUUUAAAUCCCCCCUAGUGUCAAUCAAAGUCAGCAUUCUAUGUUUCAGCACCUUGGAUAGCAACCAGGUGCUGAGAAGGAAAUUAGAAUGUUAUGGGGUAUUUCAACUGCCCUUCUUACUAUGGCCUAAGCCAAUUUUUGUAGAUUUGACCUACUGACUCACCAACUGAAAUAAUAUAUAUAUAUAUGUAUAUAUAUAUAUUUAUACAUAUAUAUAUAAUAAGUAUAUAGAUAAAUAAAUAUAACUUUAUUUAAGCUAAGGAAGGAAGGGAAGGGAAUUAGGAAGUUCUCAUCUUAACCCCCAAAGUCAGAGUACUAAAUCCCACUACUUUCUAUAACUAUUCUAAUUAACUCCUUAAUUACUACUUAAGAUUCGGAGAGGGCUUAUAGGUACAGGAACAAAGGCCAAAGGUAGUCUCAUAGACUGAUGUCCUCUUGGGUCUGGCAGAAGUCCCAGUAGAAACCAGUAGCAGCACACAGGAUCAGGAAGGGGAGAAAUGACUUCACUCAAACAGUCCACCUAUUUCUUUAGGGUUCUGGAAUUUUCUCUCUCUGCUUUAGUACUUCCUGCUUUCAGCUUGCUCCUGCUAAAAUCCUUUAUAACACUUUGUGUCCAUCUUAGUAAUCAGUCCUUGAUAUAGUACUGUCAGCUUAUCAAUUUGUUUUAUGGCCAACACUAGUCUUGGGUCAUCACUGGUAUUCUGCUUGCCCCUAAUCAGAUUUAGUCCCUUCCUCAAGUACUUAAAAACAUUUGCCAAAAGAACAUGUGUGCCAUAUGGAGCAAAUAAGAAUGACCAUAGAUUUCCAGCUUCUUGUUUGAUCCAUUCCCAGAGCUGCAUUAAUUGGAUCAUUGGUCAUAGGUAGUCAGUAAAAAGAUUCCAUAUGGUAUGUUAUAAAAGGAAUUUGGUGAGGAAUGAACAAGAGGGAAACAUAUAAAAAAUUCAGAUUUAUUAGUUGGGAAGGGGAGAAAGGAACAGGGGUUAGGGGAAUUACUACAAGUUAUCUUAAACACCAAUUUCUAUAAAUCAUCUAAAACUAUCUUAUUCUAAGCUAAGCAGUAAGUUUCCCCAAUAACCAAGUCUCACAAAUGGAGUCCAAUCAAAUGGACCAGGAUCUUCAGUUGAUAACUGUCCAAACAGGUCCAGUGGUGAAGUGUGUCCUCAGUCUUCUUUACUCAAGCUGGCAGCAGCAGUUCCAAGAUUCCUCUCUUCAGUUGGUAUCAGGAGAAGCAGAGACCUGUUUUUCCAAGCCUCCAACCUCAGGUCCUUCCAGGAGAGAAGUGCCCAUACAGUUGGGACUUAGAACCUUUCCCUGGAUCUCCAACCUUAGGCUCCCAUGUGACUCUCAGUCACAUGCUCCUGUCAAUCACUCUGACAUAUGCAUUACUCAGUUUGUUUUUUGUUUGUUGUUUGCAAAACGUCCUUUCCCUAUCACAUUCCCCCCUUUUGCAUGAAACAAAAUUGUGUUGGAAACACUAUUUUUGUAUUUGUACACAAUCUAAAGUACUUACCAAUUAACUAAACUAAGGAAUCUACCCAAAAUAGCAAAUAACCUACACUUAGCUUCUUAGUCUAAUUAAUACUGACCUAUUCUAGGGAAUUUUAACAAGGAAAAAGGAAAUGGAAUUAAAUAAUGAACAAGUACAAAUGUCGAACAGAAGCAAAAUCAGAACAGCAAAUAACAUCAGACAAAAGAUAAAUAUAACUUCCAUGCAAACAUUAAACUUAAAAUACUCUUAUCAGCUAAUACAGAAAAUUGUAUUUACUACUAUUGCAGUACAUUAACAUUAAACUUAUAUAAAAAUUUUUGAAAAUUACAAUAAACAUACCAUUGUAUAAGUUUUACACUGAAAAUCAAACCAAACAUUAAACUCAUUCAUGCAAAUACAUGUAACACUAGAUAUAAGUGAGCUAUGUACAUAAUUUACAUAUAUAUACAUAUAGUACAUACAUGCAAUGUAUGUAUGCUAUCCAUAUUGUAAAAAUUAAAUUAGUCUCUACUGAUAAAGAUAUAUUUUAUGAGUUUUAUUAAAGAUUAUUAGAAAUCAAGGAAAUAAGAAAAUACAAAAUAAGGAAAGCACAUGCCUAGGGCUGAUUAGCCCAUUCACAAUUCACUUACUACAUCUUGCCUGCCGAGUAGAAAGACGCAUGUGCUUAGAAGCAGGAGAAGAGAGAGCUUGGGAGACAGAGAGUCCUUUAAAUACUAAAUUGUGUUCUUGCACUCAGGUGAGGACUCAGAUGAGAUUAUAGGGAAUUCUGGAAAGUACCAAGGACUUCUGGGGAUUGAAGUGCAGGGUUCAAAUCUCCAUUUUACAUCCCCCCCUAUGAUCUUAUUGGGAAACCAGUUUUCCCCAAAGUAUCAUGGAAACAUAAUCAACUUAAAGAUUACAAUAGUUUGAGGAUAAGAGGAAAAGAGAACAAAACCAAUGAUUGCUAGGCACAUUGACAAAAAGCCAGUUAGGGGGCAGUCCCCUUUGAUAUAAUAGUAUAUAUACAAAACACAUGCAUUCAAACCCCACACCCAAAGUUCAUUCUUGAUCUUUUUUGUGCAACUUGUGGUCUAGGAGGCAUCUUCAUGGUGUCUUCUCCAAACAGUUCAGUUUCUGGAUUUGGAGAAGUAUCAUGUUUCUUAACCUAAAACUUCUCUCUCAAGGAAUUAAAAUUUGUAAUUUAAAAUAAUAAUAAUUAUACAUCCCCCCUCCCCUGAAGAGGGUGAUUGAAAAACACAGGGAUCACUUAGGGAUGCAUGGCUGAGUUAUGAGGUAUAUGAAUCAAUUGGUAAGAGAAAUAAAAAAAAACAUUAAAAAUCCAAAUAAAAAAA